AUGGGCAGCGCGGAGGACGCGGUCAAAGAGAAACUGCUGUGGAACGUGAAAAAGGAGGUGAAGCAAAUCAUGGAGGAGGCUGUCACCAGGAAGUUUGUGCAUGAGGAUAGCAGCCACAUCCUUGCUCUGUGUGGUGCGGUGGAGGCUUGCCUCCUGCAUCAGCUGAGGCGCCGCGCUGCCGGCUUCCUGCGCAGUGACAAGAUGGCAGCCCUGUUCACCAAGGUGGGGAAGACGUGCCCGGUGGCCGGGGAGGUUUGCCACAAGGUGCAGGAGCUGCAGCAGCAGGUGGACGGCAGGAAACCCUUGGCAGGCAACCAGGAGACCCUGCGGAGACAGGGCUCUGCCAGCGGGAAGGCCCCAGCCCUCAGCCUGCAGGCCCUGAAGCACAUUUGGGUGCGCACAGCGCUGAUCGAGAAAGUGCUGGACAAGGUCGUGCAGUACCUGGUGGAGAACUGCAGCAAGUACUACGAGAAGGAGGCGUUACUGGCUGACCCUGUGUUUGGCCCCAUCUUGGCCUCUCUUCUAGUGGGACCCUGUGCCUUGGAGUAUACCAAGCUCAAGACAGCCGACCACUACUGGACCGACCCCUCUGCUGAUGAGCUGGUCCAGAGACACCGUAUCCGGGGUCCCCCGCAUCGCCAAGACUCCCCUGCGAAGCGCCCAGCCCUAGGAAUCCGGAAGCGACACUCCAGCGGCAGUGCGCCAGAGGACAGGCUCGCCGCCUGCGCCCGCGAGUGUGUGGAGUCGCUGCACCAGAACUCCAGGGCCCGGCUGCUCUACGGCAAGAACAACGUGCUGGUGCAGCCGAAGGAGGACAUGGAGGCCAUCCCUGGCUACCUCUCCCUGCACCAGUCUGCAGAGAGCCUCACUCUGAAGUGGACCCCCAACCAGCUCAUGAACGGGACUCUGGGGGACUCUGAGUUGGAAAAGAGUGUCUACUGGGACUACGCCCUGGUCGUGCCCUUCAGUCAGAUCGUCUGCAUCCACUGCCAUCAGCAAAAGAGCGGCGGCACGCUCGUGCUAGUGAGCCAGGAUGGCAUCCAGAGGCCCCCGCUGCUCUUCCCGCAAGGGGGCCACCUGCUGUCCUUCUUGUCCUGCCUGGAGAACGGCCUUCUGCCUCGAGGGCAGCUGGAGCCCCCACUCUGGACCCAGCAGGGGAAGGGGAAGGUGUUCCCCAGGCUACGGAAGCGCAGCAGCCUGCGGUCCGUGGACGCGGAGGAUGUGAGCACGGGGCGAGCGACCGACUACGUGUUCCGGAUCAUCUACCCUGGCCACAGACACGAGCACAUCACUAUUAACUACCACCACCUAGCGGCCAGCCGCGCGGCCUCGGUGGACGAUGAUGAGGAAGAGGAGGAUAAACUACACGCGAUGCUCUCAAUGAUCUGCUCGCGGAACCUCACAGCUCCCAAUCCGAUGAAAGAUGCUGGCGACAUGAUCGAGAUGCAGGGCUUUGGGCCCAGCCUGCCGGCCUGGCACCUACAGCCCCUGUGCAGCCAGGGCUCCUCCUGCCUCUCCUGCUCCACCAGCAGCUCCCCGUAUGCGCCCCCCAGCCACUGCAGCUGUGUUCCUGACCGGUUGCCCCUCAGGCUGCUGUGUGAGAGCAUGAAGAGGCAGAUCGUGUCCCGGGCCUUCUACGGCUGGCUGGCCUACUGCCGCCACCUGUCCACCGUCCGCACCCACCUGUCGGCGCUGGUGCAUCACAGCAUCGUCCCGCCCGCCCGGCCCCCGGGGGCCUCGGGGGGCCUCACCAAGGACGUGUGGAGCAAGUAUCAAAAGGAUGCAAAGAACUACAAGGAGCUGGAGCUGCUGCGGCAGGUCUACUAUGGAGGCGUGGAGCACGAGAUCCGCCAGGACGUCUGGCCAUUCCUGCUUGGCCACUACAAGUUUGGCAUGAGCAAGAAGGAGAUGGAGCAGGUGGACACAGUGGUGGCAGCGAGGUACCAGCGGGUGUUGGCGGAGUGGAAGGCCUGCGAGGUGGUGGUGAGGCAGCGGGAGCGGGAGGCUCACCCGGCCACACUCACCAAGUUCUUCUCGGGCAGCAGCAUCGACAGCCACGUGCAGCGCCUCGUCCACCGAGACUCCACCAUCAGCAAUGACGUGUUUGUCUCUGUGGAUGACCUGGAGCCUCCAAGGCCCCCGGGACCCGAAGACCCCAGACCAGAGGCUGAGCCGGGGGCAGAGGCAGGGCCCACAGGCAUGGCCAUGGUGGAGCAGCAGUCGGUAGAGUUCGACUCUCCAGACUCAGGCCUGCCUUCCUCCCGCAACUACUCCAUGACCUCGGGCAUCCAGUCGAGCAUAGACGAGGGCCAGAUGGGCUUUGAGGAGGAUGACGGUGCUGGGGAGGAAGGCUCCGCCGGGAUGGUCCCCGAAGCCCAGGUCUCCGAGCCCCAAGAACCCGGCCAGGAGAAGGCCUCGAGGGCCGGCGAGCUGGAGCCGGGGGAGGAGCUCGCGGCCGUGUGCGCCGCUGCCUACACUAUAGAAUUACUGGACACCGUGGCCUUAAACCUGCAUCGCAUAGACAAGGACGUGCAGCGAUGUGACCGCAACUACUGGUACUUCACACCCCCCAACCUCGAGCGGCUCCGAGACAUCAUGUGCAGCUAUGUGUGGGAGCAUCUGGACGUGGGCUACGUGCAGGGCAUGUGUGACCUGCUGGCACCUCUCCUGGUCGUCCUGGACAAUGACCAGCUGGCCUACAGCUGUUUCAGCCACCUCAUGAAGAGGAUGAGCCAGAACUUCCCCAAUGGGGGUGCCAUGGACGCCCACUUUGCUAACAUGCGCUCCCUUAUCCAGAUCCUGGACUCAGAGCUGUUCGAACUCAUGCAUCAGAAUGGAGACUACACCCACUUCUACUUCUGUUACCGCUGGUUCCUGCUGGAUUUUAAGAGAGAGCUGCCGUACGAGGAUGUGUUCGCUGUGUGGGAGGUGAUCUGGGCGGCCCGGCAGGUCUCCUCGGAGCACUUUGUCCUAUUCAUUGCCCUGGCCCUGGUGGAGACCUACCGAGAGAUCAUCCGCGACAACAACAUGGACUUCACCGACAUCAUCAAGUUCUUCAACGAGCGGGCUGAGCAUCACGACGCCCAGGAGAUCCUGAGGAUCGCCCGGGACCUAGUCCACAAGGUGCAGACGCUCAUAGAGAACAAGUGA